GACUUUAUGGAAGCGAAUGGAUGCGAUAAAGAAAGUGAAUUUCAAAUUAAGCAAGAUGAAUUGAGAGUUAAAAUGUUUAAGGAUGGAAAAACGCAAUAUAGAUGCACUGUACCCACUGAACAAGCAAAAGGUAUUUUGAAUACAACUGAAAAUAGAUAGAGAUUUUG